AUGGAGUGUUUUCGACAAAUCUGGAGGUGCAUGAAGGCGCCGUUCACAACGGAGGAAAGAGUGCUUGAAAUUGGCCUCCCAACCGAUUUCCGAAAGGAAGAAACCCCAGCUUGCUUCUCAGAUGCGGACAUGUUGAUGUAUCAGGAUCGCCGGGGAUCGAUAAUGAUUCGAAACGGCACGACAAUCGAGAUGACAGAUCUCCAACCGUUAAUGGAAGAGAAGAUGCAGGCUCAGGUGCGGGAGAUGAGCGUGGAGGUGUCAAGUCCCGCCUCCGAUCGCGGAUAA